AUGCAUAGCUAUAUUACAGUUCAAUCUGAGUUGGAAAUAACAAUUAAUAAUGACUUGGGAUUAAUUCCAGAUGUUUCAAAUACUAGAGCUACGUUAGAAGUUUGUAAAUAUUUGGAUGAAACAAAUUGUGAAAGAUGGAAAAGUUGCUGCCUGUCGGCUGUUGAAUGUUGCAAGACGCAAGUUCCAGAAAGACAAUUAACGCACAAACCACUUUUCACCGUGCAAUGUCCCAAAACAUGGGAUGGAUUUGGAUGUGUUUCGGAGGCAAAUGCUGGAAGUAUUGCAGAUAUUCGAUGUCCUCAUUUUGUCCAGUACGGAUUUUCAUCAGAUUAUGCUACGAAGAAAUGUACAAAGAAUGGCACAUGGUGGAGGGACCCAGUUUCUAACAGAGAAUGGACGGACUAUACGCCAUGUCUUAAUCUCAGGAUCUACAAGAGUAUGGUGUAUGUAGGUGUAACCUGUUGUAGCAUCAGUUUGAUUCUACUCAUUCCAGCAUCUCUUACAUUUCUAUGUCUAAGACAAUUGAGAACUCAGAAUAGAAUCCGUCUUCAUCUUUGUUUAUUUUUAUCUUUCAUCGUGACUUGUGUUACAACGUUGAUGUGGGACAUAUUUAUAUACAAUGAUCGUCUGGACAAUCCGGCAUCAAAGACUAGAAUGCAACAGAAUACAAUAUUUUGUCGUGUUUUAUACACAUUUAACCGAUAUGCUAAUUCAAGUAACUAUUUCUGGAUGUUUUGCGAAGGUUAUUACUUACACAGACUGGUGUUACAUGCUUUUAAAGUACCAACAAAUCUUGCUUGGUAUUACAUCAUUGGCUGGGGUGAGUAA